GUGAUGCCUCCACCGCAAUAUCGUUUGUUGCCAUCACCACCAAAUACUACAACCACUACAACCACAGCGGCUAGAGCGCUUGAAAGCCCCACCGGCAUGAACUCUCCAACUUUCUCGGGUGAUGUAUUAGCUAUAACAGAAUCUGACAAUGAGGAUAAGAAACUGCUGCAGCAGCUGAAACGAGACCACACAGUGAAGGAUCUGACGCAAAAACUGAGCAACAUGCCGAUGAGUCCGACGCAUGAGGAGAAGUUGCAGAAUCGCAUUGUCGGCGAUAUGUCGGGUCUCAUAUCGAAAGCCAAAGAGGGACUUGCCAAAAGCAAAAGCAAAGGCGAAAUGUCGCGGUAAGUGAGGGUUAAAAUU